AUGGCUGCCAAUCUUACUGCACAAGUUCGUGACAUUGCGGACGUUAGUAAAGCUGUUGCUCUCGGCGAUCUGUCCAAGAAGAUUUCAGUCGAGGUCAAGGGUGAGAUGUUGGAUCUUAAGAACACGAUCAACAUCAUGGUGGACCAGCUUCAAGAGUUUGCCACUGAGGUCACCCGAGUCAGUCUUGAGGUCGGAACCGAGGGUAAACUCGGAGGACAGGCUAAGGUUGAAGGUGUUAGUGGCACUUGGAAGAACCUCACAGACAAUGUUAAUACCAUGGCUGCCAAUUUGACAACACAGGUACGAUCCAUUGCUAACGUUACCACCGCUGUUGCAGCAGGAGACCUGAGUAAGACCAUCGAUGUCGAAGCACAAGGAGAAAUAUCUGAGGUGAAGAUUACUGUCAACUCUAUGGUCGAACAGCUGAGAACAUUCGCUGCCGAGGUAACUCGUGUAGCUCGUGAAGUCGGAACAGAAGGUCGUCUAGGUGGCCAGGCUGAAGUCAAAGGUGUUGAAGGUACCUGGAAGGAGCUGACUGACAACGUCAACACCAUGGCUGCCAAUCUUACAGCACAAGUACGUGAUAUUGCUGACGUCAGUAAGGCUGUCGCUCGAGGUGAUCUGUCCAAGAAGAUUUCUGUCGAAGUCAAAGGAGAAAUGAUGGACCUUAAGAACACGAUGAAUAUCAUGGUGGACCAGCUGCAACAGUUCGCCACUGAAGUCACCCGAGUCAGUCUUGAGGUCGGAACUGAAGGCAAACUUGGAGGACAGGCUGUUGUUAAGGAUGUCAGCGGUACUUGGAAGGAGCUCACAGAUAAUGUCAAUACCAUGGCCUUUAAUUUGACAACUCAAGUACGAUCCAUCGCCGAGGUUACCACCGCUGUCGCAGCAGGAGACCUGAGCAAGACCAUCGAUGUCGAAGCACAAGGAGAGAUCUCUGAGGUGAAGAAGACUGUCAACUCUAUGGUCGAACAACUGAGGACCUUUGCUGCCGAGGUAACUCGUGUGGCUCGUGAAGUCGGAACAGAAGGUCGUCUAGGAGGUCAGGCCGAGGUUACAGGAGUUGAUGGCACCUGGAAAGAGUUGACCGAGAAUGUCAACACCAUGGCUGCUAAUUUGACCGCACAAGUACGUGAUAUUGCUGAUGUCAGUAAAGCU